CCGCCAUGGAAUAACAAUAGCAUCACACAAGGCUCCUACUUUCCAGAGUCAUCAGCCUUGGAUUCUUUGCAAUGCGUCAAAGUUUGAUAAUUUCUGUUCUUAGUUUCGCUGCUGCCUCUUUGGCAUGUGGCCUCCACGGACUUCAUGGACGAGACACAAUCGAUUCUGAUCCUCAGUUUGCGCCUAUCCCAUCAACUGCGGUGGGAAUUCCACUUAGACCCGAAGGAUAUGCUGUACAGUCGUUUGGUGGUGGAGCAUACAUGGUGACAGACGGCAUGUACCAAGGUACGAACAUCCAAUCUUGUCAAAUGCAAAAGUUCAACCUUAGCACCAGCUUUCUUCCUUGUCUCCACCAAAGGUGUCGUGGUGGUUGACAGCCCACCUACGAUUGGCCACCGCAUGCUCUACGCGAUUGGGAAUAUAACCUCGACCCCAGUGAGUACACACCCUCCAGCGGAACAGUGCGUAAUGAAAUGGACAAUUGAGCAAGUCUAAGGAUGGCCGUGGCAUCGUACUGUGCCGACCAGCUAAAGCAUCCCAUCAUGAAUGGAAAAGGAACAUGCUGACUCCGACUCUGAUAGGUUACCCAUUUGAUCUACAGUCACUACCAUGCAGACCAUAUUGGAGGAGCUAACCUCUUUGGAACGGGAGUGAAAAUAAUCG